CCAGCUUGGUAGAAAUUUUGUUCGGCGCCGUGAUACUUUAUUCAUUUCUAACUCACUAAUGUUACGACCAAAGUUUUAGUUCAUAUCUAUUAGUUAAGGAUCACGAUGAUUCAUAGUUUAUUCAUUAUUAACCCCUCUGGGGAUGUUUUCCUUGAGAAACAUUGGCGUAGCGUAAUUCCAAGAUCUGUGUGCGACUACUAUUUGGAAGCUCAACGAGCCUCCCCUAAUGAUGUGCCCCCAGUCCUGGCAGCGCCUCACCACUACCUGAUCUCCAUUCAGAGGGGAGGCGUGGUUCUAGUGGCCGUUUGCCAGCAGGAGGUGGCUCCACUCUUUGUCAUCGAGUUCCUACACAGGGUUGUAGAUACAUUCCAGGAUUACUUCUCUGAUUGCACAGAGACUAUAAUCAAAGAAAAUUAUGUAGUUGUAUAUGAGCUCCUCGAUGAAAUGUUGGAUAAUGGGUUCCCUCUGGCAACUGAGAGCAACAUUCUAAAAGAACUGAUUAAGCCACCAAAUAUUUUAAGGACUAUAGCUAAUACUGUUACAGGAAAAUCCAAUGUCUCAUCGAUCCUGCCAUCCGGCCAGUUGUCCAACGUGCCGUGGCGUCGGUCUGGCGUGAAGUACGCCAACAACGAGGCGUACUUCGACGUCGUGGAGGAGGUUGACGCCAUCAUUGACAAGAGUGGCGCUACCGUGUCCGCUGAGAUACAGGGCUACAUUGACUGCUGCAUCAAAUUAAGUGGCAUGCCAGAUUUGACGCUCACUUUCGUCAACCCGCGCCUGUUCGAUGAUGUCUCCUUUCAUCCUUGCGUCAGAUUUAAAAGAUGGGAGUCCGAAAGAAUCUUAUCAUUCAUCCCGCCCGACGGCAACUUCCGCCUGAUGUCGUACCACAUCGGGUCGCAGAGUGUGGUGGCUAUACCGAUAUACGUGCGACACAACUUGAUGCUGCGCUCGAACGGGGACCACGGCCGGCUGGACUUAACCGUUGGGCCGAAGCAGACUAUGGGACGGACGUUGGAGAACGUGGCAUUAGAGAUCUGCAUGCCGAAGUGUGUGCUGAACUGCUCGCUGACCGCGAACCAGGGCAAGUACUCGUACGACCCGGUCAGCAAGGUGCUGCUGUGGGAUAUCGGCCGUAUAGAGUUGCCCAAGCUGCCAAAUAUCAGAGGAACUGUAUCAGUAGCGUCAGGCGCCGACACAACGGGCGCGACGCCCAGCGUGAACGUCCACUUCACGAUCCCGCAGCUCGCCGUCUCAGGGCUGCGCGUCUCGCGCCUCGACAUGUACGGCGCCAAGUACAAGCCGUUCAAGGGCGUCAAGUACGUCACUAAAGCGGGCAAGUUCCACGUGCGCAUGUGAUGCGAACCCAACCCGGACCUGGCGUGGCUGUUCCUCCACCUGCUGUGACCCGAGUAGAGACAGCCUUUAUACAUGUCGGCGGCCGAUCGGUAUCUCCCAGGCGGCUUAGCACAACUUGCAAUCUCGCGCGCGAGUGUAUACUUGAAGGUGCGCCAGGUCAAGCCGUGCUAGAGCGCCAGAAUGUGAAAUUCCUAAGUAUAUCGUGAAUCGUGAAAAUCGUGGUCUGGUUGCCUGCAUGAUUGGCGCGACACUGUCUCGCCCCGAGACUACCAGUCCUUAUGUCAUUAAUACAAUUAAAAAAAGUCGUUAGAUCUAUAUCGCGGCGUGAGACGGGUUGCUACUGUGUGUUGCUUGCUGAUCGCUGUCUCAACUUCUAUAUAGGUAGUUUGCCUUUGUAUCUGAAACUACCUAACGUCAUAUUGUUAAUGUAAAUACUGUCAAAACUUGAUAGAGGAAUUUUACGAUCAUGCGAAUUUUCCGAUCGGCCGUCAACAUACAUUUAUACAAUUUGAGCACGUUAACACUUUCACAGUCUAGUGCCUUAUGUUAUAUUUGGAUCAUGAUCAUGACAAUUUUGCUUCACAAGCUUACGGGUCUCUUUAUAAUAAACCUACCGAUUCGUAUAUUGAUUGAAGUAAUUUAAUGGACUUACUAGGUCAUCUGAAUAUUGUGUAGGGGACUGUUAAAGUGUUAAACCAUUCAUAAGCGUGUGUCGCUUAGGUUGGUAAGUUGCAAACCUGAACUGCGACCUGGCACUGCUCUUAAAUAUAAUUUCUUAGCGUGAUAUGUUAGAACUGGACACAUCACUUCUAUUAGCUUUUUGGUGUUGAUUUCCUAAUAAUAUUUAUAA